GUCGAAUAUGAGUCUGAUGCAAUCAUGAAUGCGUCUCAUCCUCUUUAUGACUACCUUGUCUCUUCCAAUGCCACCUCCACCCUUAUCUUUUAUCUAAACGGGACGCAAAUCGCUCUCCGCGAUCCAAAUCCUCAGUGGACGCUGCUGGACUUCAUCCGAGCCCAAGAUGGACUCACUGGAACGAAGCUGGGCUGUGGCGAGGGCGGCUGUGGUGCCUGUACAGUGGUGCUGCAGACACGACAUCCUUGCAGCCGACGGCUAGUCCAUAGGGCAGUCAAUGCCUGUCUGUAUCCGCUGGUCGGAGUGGUAGGAAAGCAUGUUAUUACCGUCGAGGGUUUAGGAAGUGUUGAACACCCGCAUCCUUUGCAAGAGCGUCUGGCGAAGCUCCAUGGCUCCCAGUGCGGGUUCUGUACCCCCGGCAUCGUUAUGUCACUAUAUGCUGUCAUCCGCAACGCAUACGACCCGCGGACCGGUACCUUCCUGCUGUCCGAAGAUGAUAUUGAAAUGAAGGGCCAUCUCGAUGGAAACCUGUGUCGGUGUACUGGAUACAAACCAAUUCUUCAGGCGGCCAAGACAUUUGUUCGUGAGGACCUCCAGGCGCGCCUGCAGUCUGUGGUUUCCACUACCACGGAUAAGACAGACGAAACCGUCGAUUUGCCGGUACUUCCGGCCCAAUCAUGCGGGCGACCUGGCGGAUGUUGUCGCGAUAGCCCUUCAUCGUCCUCAUGCUCAUCGAGCUCAGAUAAGGCCAAUUCGUCUCCGUUGACCACGCCAGAGGAGAAAACUCCAGCAAUUCCACAAUUCGACUUCAUUCCGUAUGUGCCACAGACGGAGCUGAUCUACCCUCCUGGUCUGGCGAACUUUACCCCUCAGUUGCUAUAUUAUGCAGACGAUCGGAGAAUAUGGCUUCGUCCGGUCACCCUUCAGCAGACUGUAGAUCUCUUGGCGUGCUUUCCAUCUGCCACGCUGGUUGGCGGUGCUUCGGAGGUUCAGAUUGAUGUUCGCUUCAAAAACCUUGCAGCCGACGUAUCGAUCUUUAUCGGAGACAUCGAAGAGCUAGCUCAAAUCAACCUGGUUGAACACGACAGUGGUGCAAAGGAGCUGAUAAUUGGUGGGAAUGCUUCUCUCACUGAUGUGGAGGAAGAAUGCCAGCGCCUUGCUCCAAUCCUGGGUUCUUCCGGCUCAGUACUAUCGGCCAUGGCUAAGGUGCUCCGGUACUUUGCUGGGCGACAGAUCCGCAACGCAGCCUCACUAGCGGGAAACAUUGCGACGGCCUCUCCCAUCUCAGACAUGAACCCGCUACUUCUCGCAGUGAACGCCACAGUUGUUGUGCGCGCCCAUGAGGAGGAGCAAGCCCUGGCCAUGGAGAAAAUGUUUCUGGGAUAUCGCAAGACCGCCCUGCCAAAGGGCAGUCUAAUCACUGAAAUCCGCAUUCCGCUGCCGUCUUCGGGGUGUCGCGAGAUCACGAAAUCAUACAAGCAAGCUAAGCGAAAAGAUGAUGAUAUCGCCAUCGUGACUGCCGCCUUCCGCGUCCGCUUGGCAAGCGACAACACUGUUGAAAAUGCUUCUCUCGCGUACGGCGGGAUGGCACCGACCACCGUGCUUGCCCACAAAGCUAGUGCUACCCUCAAGGGCAAGAAAUGGGGAACGCAGGCCGUUCUUGAUGCGACGGUGGAUGCGCUUCUCGCGGACUUUGAUCUUGUAUUCAGCGUUCCGGGUGGGAUGGCAACUUACCGCCGGACACUGGCUGUUUCAUUCUUCUUCCGCUUCUGGCACGAAGUUAUAGCAGAAUAUCAACUCGCCGCUCCUAUGCCCUCCGAUCUGACAGACGAGAUCCACCGCAAGAUCUCUUACGGUACCCGAGAUGAUAUUAAUCCGCACGAGCAACGGGUAGUGGGGAAGGCACUCCCUCACCUGUCCGGGCUCAAACAUACCACCGGCGAGGCAGAAUACCUCGAUGAUAUGCCACCCCAACACCGACAACUAUUUGGAGCAUUGGUUCUCUCGCAACGUGCGCAUGCCAAACUUGUAUCCGUUGACUGGACACCUGCUCUUGCGCCAGGACUAGCGACCGGCUACAUCGAUCACACGAGCAUCCCGAUCGAGAAGAACCUGUGGGGAUCAGUUGUGCACGAUGAACCUUUCUUUGCGAUCGAUGAGGUACUGUCGCACGGUCAGCCUAUCGGGAUGGUGUAUGCCGAGACGGCUAUCCUGGCCCAGGCAGCUGCAAAAGCCGUAAAGAUCGAAUAUGAAGAUCUUCCGGCUAUUCUCACCAUCGAUGACGCAAUCACAGCGAAGAGUUUCUUCCCACACGGCAAGGAACUGCGCAAAGGUGCGCCGCCGGCGGAAAUGGACGCAGUAUUUCGCAGAUGCGACCGAACCUUUUCGGGUGUAACACGGAUAGGCGGACAGGAGCAUUUCUACCUUGAGACGAAUGCUGCCAUGGCGAUCCCGAGUACGGAAGAUGGUGGAAUGGAAAUCUGGUCAUCAACGCAGAACACUAUGGAAACCCAAGACUUCGUCAGUCAAGUAACAGGAGUUCCCGCUAACCGCAUCAACGCACGAGUCAAACGGAUGGGUGGCGCUUUUGGAGGCAAAGAAUCGCGAAGCGUGCAGCUAGCUUGCCUGGUAGCCAUCGCAGCCAAGAAAGCCCGCCGACCGGUGCGUGCGAUGCUUCCCCGAGAUGAGGACAUGAUGACUACCGGACAGCGACAUCCGGUUCAGUGUCGCUGGAAGGUUGGUGUCACCAAUGAAGGAAAGCUUAUCGCGUUAUCUGCCGACUGUUACAACAAUGCAGGCUGGUCCACUGACAUGAGCGGGGCGGUGAUGGACCGCUGCUGCACGCAUUUGGACAAUUGUUAUGAGAUCCCGAAUGUGCAUAUCCGGGGAUGGGUGUGUCGAACCAAUACCCAUAGCAAUACGGCCUUCCGUGGGUUUGGUGCUCCUCAGAGCAUGUUCUUCACCGAGACGAUCAUGAAUGCGAUUGCUGAGGGGCUAAAAAUUCCCGUGGAUGAGCUGCGGAGACGUAACCUGUACACUAUCGGGCAGCGGACGCCCUUCCUACAGCAGAUUGACGAAGAUUGGCAUGUGCCGAUGCUCUUAGAACAGGUGCGCAAAGAGGCCAGAUAUGACGAGCGGAGAGAGCAAAUUGUAAGGUUCAAUGCCACACAUCGCUGGCGCAAACGGGGUAUCUGCUUGAUUCCGAGCAAGUUCGGGAUAUCAUUCGCCACAGCUUUGCAUCUGAAUCAAGCUGCUGCAUCGGUCAAGAUCUAUACAGAUGGAUCAGUACUGCUUAACCACGGUGGAACAGAAAUGGGCCAAGGGCUGUACACGAAGAUGGCCCAAGUCGCGGCGCAGGCGCUGGGAGUCCCAUUCGAGAGUGUGUUUACGCAAGACACCUCGUCUUACCAGACAGCCAAUGCCUCACCAACAGCCGCGUCCUCUGGCAGCGAUCUGAAUGGAAUGGCGAUUCAGGAUGCCUGCGAUCAGCUGAACGAACGGCUAAAGCCGUACCGGGAGCAAUUCGGUCCUGACGCGACGAUGGCACAGAUGGCGCACGCCGCGUAUCGCGAUCGAGUCAACUUAGCGGCCAGCGGAUUCUGGAAGAUGCCUAAAAUCGGGUAUCAGUGGGGAAACUAUGAUGUUGAGACCGUGAAGCCAAUGUACUACUAUUUCACGCAGGGUGUAGCAUGCACCGAAGUCGAGAUGGAUCUGCUGACGGGUGAUCAUACGGUGCUGCGGACGGACAUCAAAAUGGAUGUUGGACGCUCGAUCAAUCCGGCCAUCGACUAUGGACAAAUCGAAGGGGCGUUCGUGCAGGGUCAAGGUCUCUUCACUAUGGAAGAGAGUUUGUGGAGCCGCAGUGGGCAGCUGGCGACGCGAGGCCCCGGGACGUACAAGAUCCCUGGCUUCAGUGACAUCCCGCAGGAGUUCAAUGUGAGUUUCUUGCAGGGUGUGUCGUGGUCCCACCUGCGGUCGAUUCAGUCAAGCAAAGGUAUUGGAGAACCGCCUCUAUUCUUGGGGUCGACCGUAUUGUUUGCGCUCCGCGAUGCCUUGCGUAGUGCUCGUGAACAGAAUGGCGUGCAGGCAGCAUUGGCGCUCGAUAGCCCGGCCACAGCGGAGAGGCUGCGAUUGUUGGUUGGAGAUGACUUGGUGAAGAAGAGCCAGGUUGAGGCGAAAGAGGGCGAGACAAACUUUUUCGUUGCGGUCGCGUAGUGUGUGAAGACCAUGUAGUCGAUUCGAUCUGUGUAUUUAGCAUUGUAAUGAUUAGCAUAGUAGGUAUUCCGUAAGUAGGACAGGCAGAUCAUGGUACAUCGGUGACUGGACAGGCCUUUAUCGUACAUGUAUCUUGAAACCGAGAACCUCUGUACAUACCGCGGGAUUUAUCU